AUGUGCGGAAGUGAGGAUCGUAAUACUGAGCGAUUGAUAUCAUAUCAAGCAACAAGAUCGAAGAUCAAAGAAGAAGAUGAAAGAAACGAAAAUAGAGAGACAUUUUAUUUCUCAGAUGUGGAAAAUGAAAAGAACGAAAAAGAUAUGGAGAGAGAGUUCCUCCUUCGCAUGUCGUAUAUGGAAAUUUACAAUGAAGAAAUAAAUGACUUGCUAGCUCCAGAGCAUAGAAAGCUGCGGAUUCGUGAAAGUAUUGAGAUUAUUGAGAGCAAGGAGAGAAGUGGUGAUGUGGCAGCAGAGUUCUCAUGUGAUGCUGACAUGCUGUUCGAGGUAUUUUCAUUCGCUACUUCCAUUCAAACAUUUCGUUGUUCCGCUAUCCUCAUGUUUCUGAGGGCAUGUCCCUUAUCGAGACAGCAAACUCACGCGUAUUCUGUAACCAGUGUUGGGUGGGAAUGCAAAUACUGCCAUAUUUGCAAUAUUACACUUGCACAGAUCUAUGCUGAUGAAACUAAAAGUAGUCUUCAGUUUGCCAGCAGCGCAUUGCGCGUGACAAACUGCGCUCAUGUUAAUGAGAUAUUGACUGAUGUUGCGUUGCUAAAACGUCAAAAGAAGGAGAUUGAAAAACUUCGAGCUAAAUUGCUGUUUGUUUGUUCACAUGGUUUACACUCCGAACGUCUUGAAGAGGAGAUAUUGAAUCUGCGGAAUACUUUGCUAAAGAGUGAAUUGGAGAGAGUGGGAAUCUCUUUAAAGCUAAAGGAAGAAAAGAGAGCUCAGGUUGAACGUGAGGAGAAGUUACAAGUGCAAGGCAAGAAAAUAGAAAACUUGACUUCUAUGGUACUUUGUGCAAACAGAGAAGAGACAAGUGACGCCUACAAGAAGAGCAGUGAGGCUACUCUUCCUUUUGAAGAGUUAGUUAAAGAAGAAAGUACUUAUGAGCUCAGCAAACAAGAUAAAGACUGUAAUGCAGUGCUUUGGAAGAUCCUAGACUUCCUGAUCCUCAUGCUCUGCUGCAUGUUAUCGCAAAAAGUUGUACCCAAGAAAAGAAGUUCAACUAUGGAGAAAGGUGGCUUUACCGAGUUGCAAGCAGAUUAUGAAAAUCUGCUUAUAGAAUUCGAAACUCAUUGGAUAAUGAGUGACAUCCAAAUUAAUCAAUUAAUGAGGAAGCUUGAGGUGGGUGAUAAAAAAUGCAAAGAGUGUGUUGUACAUAAUAUAUAUUCUUUAACCCAUGAAGAUGGAAGUAGAAGUUUGAGGGACUCAGAUGCUAUACUUGUGAUCAAACAGCUUCAAGAAAAGGUUUUCCCCUCGUGUAUUGCUUUCGUUCUUCAAUGUUCUCGUUGUCUUCCAUCA